ACUCCAGCCUCACUUAUGUCUUACAUAACCACUCAAACUAGCCAGAGCACGUCAAUAUCUGCCCAGUCACGUUCAAGCAAUCACACUAGCCAUCUAGUCGGUACUUUUGAAACAACAGUCAAUCAUACGACAGAAAGAUCUUCCACUGCACAAACUGUCGCGACUCAAGUAACCAAUCAGACAGCGGUUCUACGAACAAUGACGUCCAAUGUAUUAUUCACAGAGCCAUUUGCAGUACAGUGUAACUUUUCCCAGUCCUGCGCUAAUGAAUCAUCAUACUACUGGAUGCUUGUGGAGGUGAAAGGCUCUAAUAUGACGGAGGGAGAGAUUCAAAUUUGGUUUUCAGAUCUUUUUCAUAAAAGCACCUGCUCUGCUGGAGUUUCAACAACAGGAAUCAAAACUACAUCAUGUCAAACUGACAUAGUCUUUGUGACUGCAGAGGUUAGAUGUGAAGCCAAGCAGAACAUCCAAAGGACAAAUUGCACUGUGCUACUACAGCUGAGCCAACCUGUGAAUACAUGCAUCCUCCGAAGGCUGGUGCAAUACGGGACUAUAAACCCAUCGAUCCAAAUCCAGCUUCUGGGAGAUGUAGAAAGAGUGGGCAAAGGACUGUGCCCAGAUCACAAUAUUACGCCCCCUGGAGGGGGGUUUGUGCACUGCACAUCUCCAAUGUCUUAUGAUGAUGUCUGCAAGACCCAGGGACCUGUCAAUGUCACAUGUUCUUAUAAGGAGAAUGGUUUCAUUCCUAAAGAUUUGGUUGCUAAUCAAUCCUGCAACGUUGAGAACCAACAAUAUUGUGAGUGUCAUGUGUCUACCAACAAUGAGACAUAUUAUACUGUUCGCCUAAAUAUUGCAAGCCCAGAUGUGAAUUUCACCUACGUUCAGAACAUGGUUAUACAAUUGAGCACUCCUUGCAACGAAUCCAGAAUGCAAGGGUCUCGGUGUAAUUCUUUUACUGAAGUAUCCCAGUUGUAUCAGGGAAUGCACUUGGAAUGUUUUGGUGAAGGAACGAGGUACAUCAAACAAUAUACCAGCAUCAUUGGUCAGUACAGCAAAUAUGACACCCAAUAUAACAACCUCACCUGUCAGUACAACAGGUACAUCAAACAAUAUACUAGAAUCAUUGGUCAGUACAACAAAUAUAACACCCAAUAUAACAACCUCACCUGUCGGUACAACAGGUACAUCAUACAAUAUACCAGAAUCAUUGGUCAGUACAACAAAUAUAAUACCCAAUAUAGCAACCUCACCUGUCGGUACAACAGGUACAUCAAACAAUAUACCAGCAUCAUUGGUCAGUACAGCAAAUAUGACACCCAAUAUAACAACCUCACCUGUCAGUACAACAGGUACAUCAAACAAUAUACUAGAAUCAUUGGUCAGUACAACAAAUAUAACACCCAAUAUAACAACCUCACCUGUCGGUACAACAGGUACAUUAAACAAUAUACCAGAAUCAUCGGUCAGUACAACAAAUAUAACACCCAAUAUAACAACCUCACCUGUCGGUACAACAGGUACAUCAUACAAUAUACCAGAAUCAUUGGUCAGUACAACAAAUAUAAUACCCAAUAUAGCAACCUCACCUGUCGGUACAACAGGUACAUCAAACAAUAUACCAGCAUCACUGGUCAGUACAACAAAUAUAAUACCCAAUAUAACAACCUCACCUGUCGGUACAACAGGUACAUCAAACAAUAUACCAGCAUCACUGGUCAGUACAACAAAUAUAAUACCCAAUAUAACAACCUCACCUGUCGGUACAACAGGUACAUCAAACAAUAUACCAGCAUCACUGGUCAGUACAACAAAUAA